UUUACAUGGUUAUAGUUUUUUUUUUUAACUUUUUAUCCUGUUUGUAUUUUUUCUGAGUGAUUGCACACCAUUUAAUCGGGCUUUUUGAAACUGGACGACGAAGUUUCAGUGGCGGUGUUCCAGAGAACUCCAUAAAUCCUUUUCUUAUUUUUAUUUAUUUAUUUGUGGUGGAAAAAAGAAAAUGUGCGGAGGAAAUAGCGUUCAAUGUUCUUUAUAGAGAUUUAACAGGAGUAUUGAAAACUGUUUGGUGGUGUUUGAGAGAAGUUUUGGGAUUUAUACAGGCGAAUUUAAUGGACUUUGGGUGAAAACAGAGUGUUUUAUGGUGAAGGAUUGUAACGCGAGCCCGAGAGCUGUGAGCCUGGAGGAGAAGGAUUUCGCAAGGGUUUUGGGUACCGUGGUUGGCUCGAGAAAGUACUUGAUAUCGUGCCUUGUGGUCAUUUGUUCUGAGUAAAACGAUUACAUUUUUAUCAAGAGAUAUUCCACAAGUUGUGUCAUUUUUAACUCAAAUAACGCGUUUUUGUGAGAUCAUUUGUCGUUAUUGUUGCGAUAAUUAGAGAAAGAUCUUUGUCGCGGGGGUAAAAAUGUGCGAGUGCGGUGAUGAUUGUACGGUUGAAGGGGCGGGCUUGAUGAUUCGGGGGGUGGGAAAAAUUCAAUGAUUCAGGGAGGAACAGUGGGGACCAGGGAAUAGUGAUAAUUCUGGGGGAAUUGGAGAGCCGAUUGCCUGAGAUGGCCACCCUAGGCCUCUCCAAGGUUUUUAUAUUGGACAAGUACUUCACAGAGCUCCAGAAGUUCUGGGAGACUGAGAAAAAACUUCAAGACGCGUCGUCAUCCAACGAAGCUGUCCACCUGCAGCAGCGUCUCCGGAGUCUGAGCACCGAGCUUGUUACCUUGAGAAAUCGUCUGCACGUGAGCCAACCCGGCAAUAAUUCAACGAGUGGUGGUGGUGGAAGUGGUGCAAACAGUACCUUGACACCAGCAUGUGAUAAGGGUGCUAACGCAUCAGUAGCACCAGCAGUACCACCACGUACAGCACAUGGGUACAAUGGUACUGUGCCCCAUGGAAUUGGACACUCAUCCGGUCACAGCAUCACAGCAUCCGCUAUUAUACAUCCACAUGCCAAUCACUCCACCACCAAUGAUCUCGGUCACAAUUCUACCGCAAAUAAUUUAAUAUCUGAUCUGGAUGCACCGAAGCGUUCGGACGAUGGUCUAGUAUCCUGUGUAACGGCUCUUGGUGCCCUACGGUCACCGCCCAUAUCCAGGAUCAUCGCAGAUGUUAAAAGUGGAAAAGGUUCACAGGUACAGCAACGAUGCAUUUCAAAGACAUCGAGUCAGGCAACCGUUGCCACAAACUCAACUACUUUAGAGGACCUUAUUCACUUACCAGGACCUCUAACCGAGGACGCUGUCCUCAAAUGUCUGCAGGCACGUUUCUGCGCAAAGCAAUAUCACACGAAUGUUGGCCCAAUCCUUGUGAGCAUCAACCCUUAUACGGACGUUGGAAAUCCAUUGACACUGACGAGUACACGAUCAGUGCCCCUGGCACCGCAGCUCAACAAGGUCGUGCAAGAAGCCGUGAGACAACAGUCAGAGACUGGUUACCCACAGGCCAUCAUCCUCUCGGGUACAAGUGGCUCUGGCAAGACUUAUGCCUCGAUGCUACUGCUGAGACAACUCUUUGACGUCGCUGGAGGUGGUCCUGAGACUGAUGCAUUUAAGCAUCUCGCUGCUGCCUUCACUGUUCUUCGGUCAUUGGGAUCAGCCAAGACAGCUACCAAUUCAGAGAGUUCGAGAAUCGGUCACUUUAUAGAGGUCCAAGUGACCGAUGGUGCUUUGUACAGAACGAAAAUCCACUGCUAUUUUUUGGAUCAGACGAGGGUCAUCAGACCACUCCCGGACGAGAAGAAUUAUCAUAUCUUCUAUCAGAUGCUCGCGGGUCUAUCGCACGACGAGAGAGUGAAACUCAACCUGGAGGGAUACAAUGUGAAAAAUUUACGGUACCUGCAGCAGGGCGAUAGCCGUCAGGAUGAGGCAGAGGACGCUGUGAGAUUUCAAUCGUGGAAAGCGUGCCUAGGUGUCUUGGGAAUACCUUUCUUGGAUGUUGUUCGAGUUCUAGCGGCUGUUCUCAUUCUUGGUAAUGUUGGUUUCACCGAUGGUCCCGGUGUGGAGGUCAGUGUAAUCGGUGAGAACGAGUUGGCAUCUGUUGCUGCGCUUUUGGGUGUACCACCACCUGCAUUAUUGAGGGGUCUAACAUCAAGGACACACAAUGCAAGAGGACAACUGGUGAAAUCUGUUUGCGAUGCAAACAUGUCCAACAUGACGAGAGAUUCACUCGCUAAGGCGCUUUAUUGUCGCACAGUUGCUACCAUUGUGAGACGUGCCAAUAGUUUGAAGAGACUUGGAUCGACACUCGGUACACUGUCCUCUGAUUCCAACGAAUCUGUGCACAAUCAGGCGGAGGUUACAAGCCAGCAUGCAUCGACUAUUGGCAGUUCAGCUGGUGGUACGGGCUCUAGGAGCAUGACAGCGUUGAACAACGCCGUGAGGCACGCAACAGACGGCUUCAUUGGUAUACUCGAUAUGUUUGGCUUUGAGGAUCCAAAGCCGAGUCAGCUUGAACAUUUAUGCAUAAAUCUGUGUGCCGAGACUAUGCAGCACUUUUACAAUACCCACAUAUUUAAGAGCUCCAUAGAGAGCUGCCGUGAUGAGGGUAUACGGUGUGAUGUUGAGGUGGAUUAUGUUGACAACGUACCCUGUAUCGAUCUCAUAUCAUCUUUGCGUACGGGUUUACUGAGCAUGCUUGAUGUUGAAUCUUCAAUGCGAGGUACAGCGGAGAGUUACGUUGCCAAGGUUAAAGUGCAACACAAGCAGAAUCCACGAUUAUUUGAUCCGAGAAGUCUUGACUGUCGGUCUUUUGGAAUUCAACACUUUGCUGGUAGAGUCACGUAUGAUGCCUCUGAUUUCCUUGACACGAAUAAGGAUGUAGUGCCAGACGAUCUUGUUGCUGUGUUUUACAAGCACACGUGUAAUUUUGGAUUUGCCACUCAUCUCUUUGGGAGUGAAUUGAAAGCACUUUAUGCCAGUGAUACAGUGCCGAGGGGCGUGAGUUUCAGGAUAUCACCGACAUCUCAUACAGAUCUGUUAGUAAACAUGUGUUUGAAUGGGGAUGAACCGAUUUCCACUCUCACUCAGGAUUUUCACACGCGCCUUGAUAAUUUAUUGAGAACUCUGGUCCAUGCGAGACCACAUUUCGUCAGGUGUAUCCGUAGUAAUGCAACUGAAACUCCACUUCAUCUAGACAGAGGAGUUGCAAUGCGACAAAUAAGAUCGCUGCAGGUUCUCGAGACGGUGAAUCUCAUGGCGGGCGGCUAUCCUCACAGGAUGCGUUUUAAGGCAUUCAACGCACGAUACAGACUAAUCGCACCGUUUAAGCAGCUGAGGCGAGCUGAGGAGCAGGCUGUUGAGGAUACAAAACUUAUUCUCCAAAAUGCACAACAAGUGAAGAGUAAGUUUGGUGCUAGCACCAGCUGGGCUCUUGGUAAACGACACAUCUUCCUUAGUGAAGGGAUACGACAGCAGUUGGAAAAUCUCAGAUCGGAAACCCGAAGAAAAGCUGCCACGGCAAUUCAGUGCACUUGGAGAGGCUGGAGGGUGCGUAAAAGAUGGCCGAUACGACGGGCUUUACCAGUGACUUCAACCCUCAGUUCCAAACAGCCACAGCAAGCCAAUCUCACUGGUACUCGUCCCAGAAGUGUAAAUGGAGGAACUGGUACCGGAACUCGACCCAGGCCACAACCAAUAGCUGGCACUCCCCCACCAGAUCCCACUGAAAAAUGUGCAGAUCAGAAAAUGAUACAACAGACCUGCACCCUCUUUGGAUUGGACUUGGAGAGACCACCACCAGUGCCUCCCAGCAGAUCCUACACAGUGACUGGAAACACUAAAUUGGGAUAUCCUCAGACACGUGUUAUGAAAAUGCCUUUUCCAGAGGAGGGUGAGGGUGAAGUGGUUCUUCUUAAAGGAGAAACCGUUCUGGUCGUGGGGGCAUCACCGAGGCGUGGCCAUCUGCUCGUAGAACACAACAACACAACACUACAUGUGCCGUAUCAAUUUAUGGAAUUGAAACCCUGUAACAUUAACGUCUAGAGAUAUUUAUUUAAUGCCAUUAAGUUACAACCUUCUCAAUUCUUCUCUAGGGGGGCCAAAAGACUAGCGAGUUUCAUCGAAUUGAUGAAUUCACACAACUGCCAAUAAAUUGCCAUAGAAUCGUUAUCUCAUAGAGAAAUUGAUAUCCCCUAGGCCUUAAGGAUUAUUCAACCUGGUAUUAUCGUCUUCCAUAUCAAUUUAAGGUUUUUUUUUUAUUUUAAAAUGAAUCUAAGAACUAUAUUUUACGUUGGACAAGAGUAGAUAUAGAGUCUAUAUUAUACAUAUCAUAAAGAACAUAUUUUAUUUACCCGGUGAAACGUCGAGACACUACGAUUCGCAAUACUCAAGCCUCGAAGGUAUCAAUUAUCAGUAUUCACAGUUUAAUUUUAAAACUCCGAGCGGCCAUCGUUGUUGUAAAUUUGUCAUUUAUGGUCACACAUUCAUUUUUUGUAUUUUUUUUUCCAUUGGAAUCACUAAAAUGUUUCAAAUAAA